CUACAUAUUGAUAUGCUUGCAGCUUGAGAAAAAAAGGGCAAAACAAAACACUUGAAGCUCCUUAAUCUUAACACACAACCCACUUUAAACCAAACGUGUUCUACACUUAAUGUUAUGCCAACGAAAAGAAAUUAAACAGAGAGAUUGAAACCACAACGGUAGCCUAAACCAAACGGCAUUCAAACAUUGUUGCAAGUAACAAUAUUUGGAACCUAACACAGACCGGAGAAGAGAAAUCGUUCAAAUAUCGAAUUAUUCAUAUAACAUCAAUGUCAAUGAGAUGAUAAGAAAAAGGUAGAAGCCAUAAGCAUCAUCAACACAGAGUAGCAAAUCAUAAUCUUCAAAUUAAAAUAUAAAGAUCUCAAAUUUUGAGGAAACUGAUAGAUAGAGUUACUUCUUCAAGCUUCCCCUGAUUCCAGGUUUGGGUUUCGACUCAACAACUGGAGCUAAAACCGCAUGGAGAUUCACGAGCUUGGAUUCCUCAUAAGGGAUCUUCGGAUGCUUGGAUUCGUGAUGGAUCUGCAUCGUCUUCAGAUCCGGAGCUGUAAUUUUGCAGUGAGGACACUCGUACUUAGCGUGACCUCCCUUCUCUUUUCCGGUCCUAUCAGCGAUUCCGGCCUUUCCUCCGCCUCUAUUGGUCAACGCAGCAUCGAUCUUAGCUUGAAUCUCCUUCGCCGUAUGCUUCUUCGGCUUCGCCUUACCAGUCAUCCUCUAUGGCGGCUACUCAGGGACGAUUCUCGCAGGAAGGGCGAACCCCUAACCCUAACCCUAGUUGUGCUCUUCCUCUGAUCAAGACGACAACAACUUGGCUUUCAGAGAGCCGAUAUAAAUCUACACUUUUAUUGAAAAAUUACAAAAAUGACCCUCACAAUAAUCAUUUUUGUAAUAAUUCAUAGUUAUAAGAUCGGCUUGCAAAACACGGUUACUUUAAGGGUUUUGUUUGCAAAUUAUAUUUUUUGUUGAAAAGGGAAAUAUUCUUAUCCACUUUUGGCAGGAGGGUUUAUAAUACUAUGCGGAGGGGUACAUGGUAAGAGUUGGUGGACAUAAAUAAAAUAAAACGCAGAAAGCAGGGGAGCGGCAGCAGUCAUCACCACAUGCAUACCAAUGUCUGCUUCUUCUUUAUUUAAUCUCCCAUCGAUUCAUCUCAGAUCUCUCGCUCUUCUCUCUUCUUCUUCUUCCCGAUUUGCCCAUCUUUCUCUGUCGUCGUUUCGAUCCGUUUCCGUUCCCAUUUCACCGAGAAAGUUGCCGACUUUCCGUGCUUUCUCCGCUACCGCCAUGACAGAUUCUAUAGAUGCUGGAAUGGAUGCCGUUCAGAGACGCCUCAUGUUCGAGGACGAAUGCAUUCUUGUUGAUGAAACUGAUCGGGUCGUUGGGCAUGACAGCAAAUACAAUUGUCAUCUGAUGGAAAACAUUGAAGCUAAGAAUUUGCUUCACAGGGCUUUUAGUGUAUUUUUAUUCAACUCGAACUAUGAGUUACUUCUCCAGCAAAGGUCGAAAGCAAAGGUGACCUUCCCUCUCGUGUGGACAAACACUUGUUGCAGCCACCCUCUUUACCGUGAAUCAGAGCUUAUCGAGGAAAAUGCACUUGGUGUGAGGAAUGCCGCACAAAGAAAGCUUCUGGACGAGCUUGGUAUUGUAGCUGAAGAUGUACCAGUCGAUGAAUUCACUGCCUUGGGACGUAUGCUCUACAAGGCUCCUUCCGAUGGGAAAUGGGGAGAGCACGAACUUGACUAUUUACUGUUCAUCGUGCGGGACGCCAAGGUUCAACCAAACCCGGACGAAGUAGCUGAUAUCAAGUAUGUGAGCCGGGAAGAGCUGAAGGAGCUGGUGAAGAAAGCAGAUGCAGGCGAGGAAGGUCUGAAGCUGUCUCCAUGGUUCAGAUUAGUGGUGGACAAUUUCUUGAUGAAGUGGUGGGAUCAUGUCGAGAAGGGAACUUUGGGUGAAGCUAUAGACAUGAAAACCAUCCAUAAACUCUGAAAUCUUCCUUUUGAGUUUUUGUUUCAUCUUUGGCUUUCUCUUAUGGAUAUUUGUGAUGAUAAAUAAUAAUUGGGAGAUGAGAGACUAUACUAGAGAUUCCAAGCAAAACAAGCACACGAAGUUUUCGUUUUUUAUAACUUGAACUCAUGAAUGCUCUCCCGUUGUUUAAGCUUGAAUUUUAAAUCGUUUUUGAAAAAAAAAAAUAUUUUAGUUAUAAAGUUAACAAUCAAUAUUCAAUAUAUUUAUUACCAUGAAAUGAAC